CCUCCUUCCUUCCUUCCCUCGCCUCCGCGUCUCCAAUGCUCUCUCGUGUCAGCCCAAUCCUCCGCCAUAACCGUCUCUUCUCUGCAGAAGCGCGUGAAAUGCCACGCGCCACUGUCCUUCUCCUCCAACCCAACUUCCUACGCUCUUCCCCGAGAACUCCUCCUCUGAAUCGUCUCGAUGUUUCUUCGUCGGAGUUUUCUUCGAUGUUCCGUCGGAGAUUCCACGCUUUACGCAGUACCGUAGGAGACUGGACGAAGCUUCCGAAACCUCCGGGUCGGGUUUUCGCGGAGAGGAGAGAAUAUAGGAAGAUUAGGAGAAGAACUCCGAAGAAGAAACAGGAAUUGGAGCUUAGUGUUAGUAUCUGCAUCGAAGAACAGCUUCCUGAUGAUCUUGAGAUUCAGAAUAUUGCGGAAAUGCUUCGUCUCAAUGUACCUAUGGCAAUGACAUUGGCUUUCAAUGGUUUAAAAGAUUCAAAGUAUAAAACAAGAGAGACUGAUAUAGAAGAUCUUGGUGGGUAUGAAACUGUCGAGUUAUCGGUCAUGCUUUGUAAUGAUGACUUCAUUUGUAAACUCAACAAAGAGUGGAGAGGUGAAGAUCAUGCUACAGAUGUGCUUUCCAUGUCACAACAUGUCCCUGAAUUGAAGCUUCCAGUGCUUAUGAUGGGAGAUAUUGUCAUUUCUGUUGAGACAGCUGCAAGGCAGGCUGCAGAGAGAGGGCACACUCUUCUUGAUGAGAUACGUAUUCUUGUGAUUCAUGGGUUGCUACACCUACUGGGCUUUGAUCAUGAGAUCAGCGAUGAGGCUGAGCAAGAAAUGGAGAAGGAGGAGGAGUUAUUGCUAAAAAGCCUUGGGUGGAAAGGAAAAGGACUCAUUCAGAGUGCAUAUGACAUUGAAAAAACAGAUAAACCUCAGCUGGAGAAAUCAGAUGACAGGAAGGAAGGGGAUGGCCUAAGAUUGUACAGACCAAAGUUCUCCUAUAUAUUCUGUGAUAUGGAUGGCACACUGCUUAACAGUAAAAGUCAGAUUUCGGAGGCAAAUGCAAAAGCUUUAAAAGAAGCCAUGCUGAGGGGACUUAAAGUAGUCAUAGCUACGGGGAAGUCCCGCCCAGGUGCAAUCAGAAUCUUGAAGACGGCUGAUCUAACUGGAUCCGAUGGCAUUGUCUCAGAGUCCUCUCCAGGCGUUUUCGUUCAGGGCUUACUUGUCUAUGGUAGACAGGGGAAAGAAGUUUAUAGAGGAAACUUGGACCGAGAUGUCUGCAGAGAGGCGUGUCUUUACUCUUUGGAGCAUCGAAUUCCUCUCAUUGCAUUCAGCCAGGAUCGCUGCUUGACAUUGUUUGACCACCCUCUUGUCGACUCUCUUCACACAAUCUACAAUGAGCCAAAGGCUGAAAUCAUAUCGUCGGUUGAUCAACUUAUAGCUGAAGCUGACAUUCAGAAAGUGAUAUUUAUGGACACAACCGAGGGGGUCUCAUCUGUUAUCCGUCCGUAUUGGUCAGAAGCUACAGGCGAUCGUGCUAAUGUUGUUCAAGCUCAAUCAGACAUGCUAGAAAUCGUCCCACCAGGAACCUCCAAAGGGAACGGUGUAAAAAUGCUACUCAAUCAUUUGGGCGUUUCACCGGAUGAGAUAAUGGCAAUUGGAGAUGGAGAAAACGACAUAGAGAUGCUGAAACUGGCCUCGUUGGGAAUUGCUCUGAGCAACGGUGCAGAAAAGACAAAGGCAGUGGCUGAUGUGAUCGGUGUGAGCAACGACCAAGAUGGUGUUGCUGAUGCCAUCUACCGCUACGCUUUCUGAGACUCCACCACCAUAUUUAAGUACAAGAUACACCAAAUUAAAUUUUUGAGGUUAAG